CGAUUAGGGCGUAAGCCUCAUAAAACUAAGUUUCACAUCUUUAUAAUUUCACAUUUUUAAUCUUUAAUCUUCCUCCAUUAAAAUAUCCUCAUUUUAUCAUUUCUUGAUAGAGCAAAGUGAGCCAUGGAAGUGACUCUCCCCCACUCAUCUUCUUCUUCACUCUCCAUAAUCCCUACAUUCUCAGCUAAAACCCUAAAACCCCAUUUCAAAUUCACCCUAAAUUUGCCUAACAAAUCAUCAAAAAAUCUCUACUCUUCCAAAUUCUGUUGUACUUGUGUGAUUUCAAGAAACAGGGCAACUUCAAUAACAGCUUCUUCUUCAUCUAUUACAUCCAUUUCUCCAUCUUUGCCCAAUUCUACUACAACUCAAAGCCACUGGAUGGUUCUCAUGGAAACCCCUCCCAAUGGGGUCAGUUCCAAAACUGAAGUCAUUGAUUACUAUGUUGAGACCCUUGAAAGAGUAUUAGGCAGUGAGGAGGAUGCUCAAAUGUGUAUAUAUAAUGCCUCUUGCAAUCCCCCAUAUGGGUUCUGUUGCGACAUUGAUGAUGCGGUAGCUGAUGAGAUUGCCGGUUUGCCUAGGGUACUAUCAGUUAUACCUGACCCUGAUUUUGAGUCGAUGGUGAAAGACUAUAGCUACACAAAUGGUCAGCUAAGUUCCCCAUCAACCUCAUACACGGAAGGCUCUUCAUUAUUUCCUGCUGGGACUUCUAAACACUGGCUUGUUCGUAUGGCCAGGCCAUCUGUUGGAGUCAUAAGAAAAGGCCCAGUGGUUGACUAUUACGUUCAAGUUCUAACUAAAGUUCUUGGGAAUGAGAAGGAUGCACAGAUGUGCUUAUAUCAUGUGUCCUGGCAAUCCAAUUAUGGAUUUUGUUGCGAAUUAGAUGAGGUGUGUGUUCAAGAAUUAGCUGGAGUGCCUGGUGUUCUAUCUGUUCAGCCAGAUGAAAAUUUUAACUCUGACGAUAAAGAUUAUGGAGGUGGGAAUUUAAAGCUUAGUGAAGAUUCCCAGGAAUCUACAGCAUCAAAUGAGGAAACAGAUGUUAGAACCAAGAAGCUUUUUGUAACUGGUUUGUCAUUCUAUACGUCUGAGAAAACGCUACGUGCAGCAUUUGAAGGCUAUGGUGAACUUGUUGAAGUUAAAAUCAUCAUGGACAAAAUUUCUAAGAGGUCUAAAGGUUAUGCGUUUAUCGAGUACACAACACUGGAGGCAGCAAGUGCUGCUCUCAAAGAGAUGAAUGGCAAGAUUAUCAAUGGCUGGAUGAUAACAGUUGAUGUUGCUAAGACAAAUCCUCCUAAAUACAGCAGAGGACGACCAGGAGCAACUAGAUAAUAUUGUAGAAAAGAGACUAAAUGAAGUUAAGUUUGGUUUAGUGUA